GGAGACUCAAGGAGGUGAGGUCCCUGGUCAGAAGGAGGUGAUCUCAGCUUGGCAGAUGGAGGAAUUCUAUACUCUGCUAGGAGUCAAGCCAUUAUGCCUCGUGGUCAGAAGAGUAAGCUCCGUGCUCGUGAGAAACGCCGCCGUAACAGAGGUGAGACCCAAGGUCUUAUGAGUGCCCAGGCCACCACAGGAGAGGAGGAAAAGACCACUCCUCCUUCCUCUCCUGUUUCUGGGGAUUCUCCUUCAGGCUCCCCUGUUCCUGGCACUUCCCAGGAGCCUCAGGAAGGCUUGGCCACCACCAGUGCUGCUGCACAUGUUUCACGCCCAAGAUCUAAUGUAGGUGCCAAACGCCAGGUUAAGGAAAGGAAAAAUUCCUUCCAGGCCUCAACUUCCAUUGAGAGUGUUCGCAAAGAUCCUCUAACCAAGAAGGUGGGGAUGCUGGUGCAGUUCCUGCUGUAUAAGUAUAAAUUGAAGGAGCCCAUUAAAAAGUCAGACAUGCUGAAGAUCAUCCACAAAAGGUACAGGGAGCACUUCCCUGAGAUCCUCAGGAAAGCCUCUGAGCGCAUUGAGCUGGUCUUUGGCCUGGAAUUAAAGGAAGUCAAGGCUGGCGGUCACUCCUAUAUCCUGGUCAGCAGCCUAGACCUCACCACCGAUGGCAGUGUGAGCAGUGCCUGGGGCUUUCCUAAGAAUGGGCUUCUCAUGCCUCUCCUGGGUGUGAUCUUCUUGAAUGGCAACCGCACCUCUGAGGAGGAAAUCUGGGAAUUCCUGAAUAUUUUGGGCAUCCAUGAUGGAAGGAGGCACUUCAUCUUCGGGGAGCCCAGGAAGCUCAUCACCCAAGAUCUGGUGCAGGAAAAGUACCUGGAGUACCGCCAGGUGGCCAACAGUGAUCCUCCAUGCUACGAGUUCCUGUGGGGCCCGAGAGCCCACGCGGAGACCAGCAAGAUGAGAGUCCUGGAGUUUUUGGCGAAGAUCCAUGAUACCGUCCCCAGCGCCUUCCCCCCGCAUUACCAAGAGGCUCUGCGAGAUGAGGAAGAGCGAGCCCGAGCCAGAGCCACAGCUGGGGCUGCCUCUACUACCCGGGCUGGUGCACGUUCCCAGACUAAGUCCGGCCUCUCCUCUCCUCCCUAGAGAGGGCUGAGGCAGAUUCUUUGCUUUGUAAUUGGAAAGGCCUGUUAACUAGUGUUCCUGAUAUGCAAAAAUAACUAUCAUUU